CAUCAUCCGCACUCAAUAUCCCUUCAAUUCUGCUACCAACCUCCCUAAAUGGCCUCCCCCUUAAACCCCCCAGAUCCAGAUCCCGAUCCCGAAUCCCGCCCACACAAACGUCCACGUCUCGACAAUUCGAAUUUUCCUCCCGCUACCCUCGCAAUGCCCAUCUCUAACCUCACCAGCGAGGCCGAAAUCGAUAGAGAAGUCAAGGUAGGCAUUACGGAAUAUAUCUGUCCGGAUAAUUUGGGGUUCAAGGGCGUGUUUAAGCAGCGGUAUACGGAUUUCUUAGUAAAUGAGAUUUUGCCGAGUGGAAGGGUUUUGGAAUUGAGGAGUGUGGGAUUGGGGAUAGAGGUGAAAGGGAAGGAGGGGAUUAAGAAGGGAUGUGCUGAGAAUGAGGGUGCGGGAGUGAAGGAGCGACUAAGUAUUGUAGAAAAGGCGGAGGUUGAGCAGAUUGGUGACGAGGGGUAUGACAAAGAAAACAAUGGUGUGGAGGAGAUGGGCGAAGAGAAAAAUGGUGAAGAUAAGAAUUGCGGGGAGAAACAGAGCCGGGACAAAAAUGGGGUUGAGAAGUUCUUCACAAUCCCAGAAAACGACCUCAAGAUGCUGCAUACCAUCUUGGGCGAGGUGACCACUGCUCAAAUCGAAUCCCUCGUUUACAAAAUCAAGAAAUACCCUGAACGUAAAGGCCGCGACUUCGAUGCAGUCGUUUCUAGCGAUCCUGUCAUCAACAAGGAUGAGCGCACAGUAAUCCACGAGACCCUCCGUCGAUUAUUUCCCUACAUGCUUGAGUCGAGUAUGGAUCAAGACCAGCGUAUGAGGGUUCGGCCUCGGCCAGUCCAGGAACGUGGCAAGAAGAAGGGCGGCAAAAAUCCAGAGAGGGAUAGAGGUAGAGACCGUCACCGUGGUAAAGUAGGUUGGGAAGAGCUCGGGGGAGAAUAUCUGCACUUUACUUUAUACAAAGAGAACAAAGACACCAUGGAAGUCAUUGGCUUUUUGGCCAGCAAAACGGGCGGUAUGAAUAAUUAUGGUUAUGCUGGGACGAAGGAUCGACGAGCUUGCUCCGUGCAACGAGUUAGCGUCAGACGCCAAACCGCCGAGAGGUUUGCUCAGCUUGGAAGGAAUCUCUGGAAUUCGGCGAUUGGCGACUUUGAGCAUCAGGACCAGAAGCUCGAUCUGGGCGAUCUUGCCGGCAACCAAUUCAUCAUCACCCUGCGGGACUGUCAUUUCGACAACGAGGAUGGGCUGGAUGAUGCAGAGCGAUUGCAUCUCGCCAAUAGAGUAAUUUCGAAGUCCGUCCAAGACUUUUCAGAAAAGGGAUUCAUCAACUACUUCGGUCUCCAACGCUUCGGUUCCUUCGCCGCCACAACAGAUAGUGUCGGCAAGAAGCUUCUUCGAGGCAACUUUGAAGGUGCAAUCGACGACAUCUUAGUCUACAGCGAGAGUGCCGUCACAGCGUACGAUGCCAAAGAGACAACCCCGGCAAUCCUCAUCUCGCAAGACGAUAAAGAACGCGCAAAAGCUAUACAUAUCUGGAAAACGACCAAAGACGGCAACAAUGCCCUCCGAAUUCUGCCGAAGCGAUUCAGCGCCGAGUCAAGCAUAAUUCAGCAUCUGAGUUCAAGGAACAAGGGAAGUGGGCAACAUGAUAGGCGGACCGACUACCAGGGUGCACUGAGGACUAUCCAGAGGCGGCUUCUAACUAUGUACGUUCAUGCGUACCAAAGCCUUGUCUGGAACGUCGUUGCGGGAAAGCGGUGGGCAACAUUUGGCGACAAGGUCGUUGAAGGCGAUCUUGUCCUCGUGCACGAACAUAAGGAUAAGGAAGUUAAUCAGUCAAGAAUGGAACUCGACACAGUCGACCAGGAUGGUGAGGUUGUUAUCAACCCAUCGGGCGCCGACAGUGCCAUCAGGGAUGAAGAUCGCUUUGAGCGCGCGAGACCAUUGUCCAAAGAAGAGGCUGAGAGUGGGCAGUACAGUAUCUUCGACAUCGUGCUGCCCCAACCAGGCUUCGAUGUCGAGUACCCCAAAAAUGCUAUCGGCGGCUUCUACAAGGAGUUUAUGGCGAGCGAACAAGGUGGUGGUCUCGACCCGUACGACAUGCGCCGGAAAUGGAGGGAUAUUAGUCUGAGUGGUGGAUACCGGAAGUUCCUAGCGAGACCGCUUAAGGAGCUGGAGUUUGAAGUUAGGGAGUAUGUAAAAGAGGAUGAGCAGUUUGUCGAGACGGAUUUGCAGAGGGUUGUAAAGGAGCAGGGUAUUCAGCUUGACUGGAUGAAACAGACGAAGACUCACAGAGAUGGCAUGCAGGAGGGGGAGAAGAAGUUAGCGGUCAUCUUGAAACUCCAGCUGGGCUCUAGCCAGUAUGCUACGAUGGCGCUGAGGGAGCUGAUGAAGAAGGGAGUGAAGGCUUUUCAGCCUGAGUACAUGGGUGGAAGAGGUUAAGGUCAAUGGACCUGGUAUAUAUCCACACCCUCCCUGCUAGGUAGGGAGCACUCAUGAGCAAUAGUUGACUUCUGCUCUUCUUC